GCGUGCAGGCAAAUCUCCCGCCCCCGGCGCUCAGUCUGAGGCGGAGAGCGGAGAGUGCAGAGCUUUGCUGUUUGCUGUUGAAUUCCUUUAACUCCACUUCUGUUACGGGUGUUGUGCGUCUAUUCAAAAUCUGCCCCUCCUCCUCCAGUGAAGCUCCUUUUCCACCAGUGAAGCUCCACUUCCAGUAAAGCCCCUCCUCCUCCAGUGAAGCCCCUCCUCCUCCAGUGAAGCUCCUCCUCCUCCAGUGAAGCUCUUCCUCCUCCAGUUCAGCUAUAAACACUGGAAUAUUCCUAUCAGGCUCCAGUGAAGAGUUGAUUGAAGGACAGCGAGAACAUGAGUGAUCCAGAACCCUGCAGAAUUAAACAUGAAGACACUGAACAACAAAUAGACCUAAUUGAAGAGAAUGAGGAGAUUAAAGAGGAGGAACAUCAUGUCAAAAUUGAGGAAAAUCAUUUACAGACUGAUGGUAUUUUCAAAAGGAGAGACAAGAAUCGUUUCACCUGCACUCAGUGUGGAAGGAGUUUGGCAAGACAAAGCAAUCUUAAGAUUCACAUGAGGAUCCACACUGGAGAGAAACCAUACACAUGCACUCAUUGUCGGAAGAGUUUCAGCCGAGCACCAUCCCUUUAUAGACACAUGAAAAUCCACACUGGAGAGAAACCAUUCACCUGCACUCAGUGUGGGAAGAGUUUCAUCCAGUCAUCACACCUUAAUCAACACAUAAGGAUCCACACUGGAGAGAAACCAUUCACAUGCACUGUGUGUGGGAACAAUUUCAACCACUCAUCAUCCCUUAAUCUACACAUGAAGAGCCACACUGGUAUACGAGAGCAUAUGUGCUUUGAGUGUGAGAAGAGUUUUAUUACAGCUGGAGACCUAAAACGGCACCAGAGGAUUCACACUGGAGAGAAACCGUACAAGUGUUCACACCCUUACAAAAAAUAACUGCAGUAAAGUGAAGUAAAUCUGCAGGACAACAGCAGUAUAUAGAAGGAUAACUGCAGUAAAAUUAAGUACAAUUGCAAACUUUCUUCAACACCACCUGCCAGGAAGUUUCUAGUAUGUCUAGUAAGAGCUUGAUUAGCUGGUUCAGGUGUGUUUGAUUAGGGUUGGAGCUAAACUCUUUAGGACACCGACACUCCAGGACCGAGUUUGGACAUCCCUGCAUUAAAUUAACUGAGAGGGCUCUUACAAAAAAUAACUGCAGUUUAAAAAAAAGAGAAUACUGCAGAUUUUAAAAGAAAUACUGGCGUUUUAGGAAACUUCUGAAAAGUUAUUGCAAAUAUAUAUUGCAGUAUUACUGCAAUACAACUCAAUUACUACUACAGUACAACUACUGCAAUAGUACUGAAGCACUACAACUACUAUAAUGCAGUACUGCUACUACUACAACUGAAGUAAUUCUACAAUACAACUGCAGUACAGCUACUGUUUUUCCUGCUAGGUAGACCAUGGUUUCCUAAUGAGGUUUCAGUACUUCAGUUGUACUACCACAAUAUAUUGUAUUGCACUUUUCAGAAGUAUAACUACAGAAAUACAUCUACUGUACUGCAAUACAUAAUAAAACUAAGGUGCACUUUUAAUACUUCUAUACCUAAGUGCAAUAAGUGUUUAACAUGUAUUGCAAUACUGCAUUAUAGUAGUUCUAGUACUUCAGUACCAUUGCAGUAGUUGUACUGCAGUUAAGUGUAUUGUAGUACUUCAGUUGUAUUGCAGUAAUACUGUAAUAUACUUAAAUACAGUUUUUUUUCGUGUCUAAAAAAACGGCACUUUCCAGAAGUUACUAAAACUGCUGUAUUCCUUUAAAAACUGCAGUAAUUUUUUGUAAGGGCACUGUGACGAGGUUUAAUCAGUUCCCAAAUCUGAACACUCAUGAAAUGACUCAAACUGGAGAGAAACCGCACAAGUGUUCACACUGUGAAAAGACGUUCAGAGAUUUACGAAAAAUAAAAAGACAUGAGAGGAUUCACACUGGAGGGAGACCAUACACAUGCACUCAGUGUGGGAAGAGCUUCAGCCAAUCAUCAGACCUAAAUCCACACUGGUAUGAGAGAGUUUAUGUGCCUUGAGUGUACAAAGACUUUAAUUACAGCUGGAGGUGUGAAACUGCACCAGAGGAUUCACACUGGAGAGAAACGUUCAGUAUCUACUAGGGAGGCACAUGUUUAACCGUUAACCAAACGGAUGCAAUUUUAACUGAUUAAUGGUAUCAGUUAAAAAUUAUUAUUUUAUUUAGUAUUUUUUAUGUUUGCUGCAUUAAUAUGCAACACAUAUUUAGUAACUCGCGGGGUGUAACCAUGUGUAACCACAUGUGCCUACAGAUCUAUUUUUCCAAAGGAGCAAAAUGAAAGGAGAGGAAAGAAGGAUAUUGCUUGCCACGACAGACGAGUUGAUAGUGAAAUAAUGUUUGUAAAUGCUGAGUGAUGGUAUACUGUUUUCCAACACUCUGAUACUCCUGUACUGCAGUGGGUGGGGUUGUAAAUGUGUUGCGCUCCUCUCAUGAACUGCUAAAAACAAUGAUGGCGGCUGAGAGAGUAAGGAAAGCAGCACCACUGCGGCACACUAUAACUUUACAUUGUUUUCUAUUUGCUGUGGACAGACACUGAAUGGAGCAGAAGUGUGCAAAAAUAGAAAAUAUGUGCUGUUAUGAGGUGGGCUUCUGAUCUGGUGUGUGUCCACUUCUGAGUCUUUAAAAACUUUCUGCGAUUGAUCGCACAGGUGCGGAUACUUCUGUACAGCUCUGCUGCUCCACUCUCCAGUGUAUUCUUGUGGCUAGUGUUGUUGUUUUGAUUGAUGUUCUCUGUCUGAACCUCUGAAUGAGAAACAAAUCAAUGGGAAGAAACCGCACAUCAAAGAAGGGGGAGCUCCAGGAGACGCCCACUGAUUGCGUAAUCUUUAUGGGCCAAUAGUAGCUCAAAGGUGUUUAGGAGCCUAAACCAAUUCCCCAAAAAUCGGGGGCUGUUUCCAACUGUUUAAAUGAACUCAAUAAGAACAUUAUGUCAGUCUGAGUUUGUUAAAAAUUUCGUCAUCUUAGUUUAUUCUUCAAUUUGGUUUGCAGUAUACCAAGGCCUUAAGUGUGGAAAGCCGGUUCAUUUGU